GCGACGGGCAGCGCCGAGGGUCAGAAAGGCUCGCGGCGAGGCUCGCGGGCGGCGGCCAUGGAGGACGACGCGCCGGUGAUCUACGGGCUGGAGUUCCAGGCACGAACUUUAACACCUCAGACAGCAGAAACAGAUGCAAUAAGAUUUUUGGUUGGGACACAGUCUCUUAGAUAUGAUAAUCAGAUUCACAUCAUAGAUUUUGAUGAUGAAAACAACAUUAUAAACAAAAAUGUUCUCCUUCAUCAAGUGGGUGAAAUCUGGCACAUUAGUACCAGUCCUGCAGAUAAAGGUGUACUAGCAACAUGCUACAAUAAAACUUCAGACAAUAAAGUCGUGACAUGUGCUGCUGUUUGGAGGAUGCCGAAGGAAUUGGAAUCAGGCAGUCAUGAAUCCCCUGAUGAUUCAUCAAGCAACACUCAAACCCUGGAGCUACUCUGUCACCUUGACAACACAGCCCAUGGCAAUAUGGCCUGUGUUAUGUGGGAACCAAUGGGAGAUGGUAAAAAGCUCAUUUCACUGGCUGAUAACAACAUAUUAUUGUGGGAUUUGCAAGAAAGUUCAGCCAAAGCUGUGCUCUCCAGUUCUACAGCCUUGGAAGGGAAAGGACAAUUAAAAUUUACAUCUGGACGGUGGAGUCCACACCACAAUUCUACACAGAUUGCAACAGCCAAUGAUACUACUGUUCGAGGAUGGGAUAUACGAAGCAUGAGACAGAUAUAUUACAUAGAAAAUGCACAUGGACAGCUGGUACGAGACCUAGACUUUAAUCCCAAUAAACAGUAUUACCUGGCUAGCUGUGGAGAUGACUGCAAAGUGAAAUUCUGGGAUACAAGAAAUGUCACUGAACCGGUGAAGACACUGGAGGAGCAUUCCCACUGGGUCUGGAAUGUCAGAUACAAUCAUUCUCAUGACCAGCUGAUCCUUACAGGAAGCAGUGAUAGCAGAGUUAUACUGGCUAACAUGGUAUCAAUUUCUUCUGAACCAUUUGGGCAUAUGGUAGAUGACGAUGAACUAAGUGACCAAGAGGACCACCAACAGGAAGAGAAGAGUAAAGAGCCCCUUCAGGACAGUAUAAUAGCUACCUAUGAAGAACAUGAAGAUAGCGUAUAUGCAGUUGAAUGGUCAUCAGCAGACCCAUGGCUAUUUGCCUCUUUAAGUUAUGAUGGGAGACUUGUUAUUAAUAGGGUUCCCAGAGCUCUUAAAUAUCACAUACUCCUAUAAUUUGUUUGGAUUAUGGUGGAAUUAUUAUCUUGAUGUAUAGAAUUGGUAGGUGGUGUUCAGUUUUUCCAGAUUUUUUUGGUUGUUGUUAAGUAUAAAUGUUAAAAUUUUGUUAAGAAUAAAUCUGUACUAAUAUAGAAACUUGUGUUUCAGGUUUUGUCUUUUGUAUUUGCCUUAGAAAAUAUGAUAAAUCUUCUUAAGUCUCUGCUAGUUAGAGAUUUUUUUUAAAUCACUUUGCAAUUGUGAGUUAUAAUGUUUCUGAAUAUAUUGGGCAAUUUCCUCUGCUGUUGAUUUAUUGCUUCAGCUUUACACUAACGUAGUGAAUUACAGAGAUAUUAUCAUUAUGCCAAUAUAAAGCUGGGAGAAGAUAGGGUGCAUGUAGCUGAAAUGAUCUACCUAUUUACAAGAAUAAUGUUCUAGCUUCCUUCUUUUCAAUGUAAGCAGUCUAUGUUCUUAGCUAGGGCCACAUUCUGUUAACUAUUCUGGCUCAAUUCUUUAAUGACUAUAAAUACAGUUGGGAAUGGUCUGAAAGACUUUCUUAAUUCACUCCAUUAUUUUAAACAAUUUUCUCUCAUUUUGCCUGUCUAACAAAAAAUGUUAAUCAUGAAGGUGAAACCUUCAAAAUAUAUUUUUCAUUUAAGCCUUAUAAGGAGUAGCAACAACUUACCAUUCUGUAAGUUUCAAAUUAAAUGCAUUUUUGUGCUGUAUGUUGCUACUGGAAGCAAUAGUUCUCUUUAUCAAAAUCUCUUAUAUAUUCUUCUGUAACGUAUUACAACAUGUUCAUAGAAUUCAGUUGUCCUGUAAUAUAUUUUGAAAGUCCCUGGAGCUACACCAUUGUUAACCUGAAAAAUCUCUUUAAUAGUUGUAAGUAAUCUCUUUCUUGUCUUUGGCUGUGUGCUGUUCUGCAGUAUGCCUGCAUAAUGUAACAGGUUUUCAGCUAAGCACAAAACAUGUUCUGCUAAAGCCUUCUCUUUGCAAUACCUGACCUAGGCAUCAGUGGCUAUUCAGUUACAGAUACUAGGAAUAGACACCUGUUGCCAUGCAGGAGAACGCACAGAAAACUUGAAAUGUGGAUGGAAGGCACAUAAAAUAGGAUUGUGCAUCCUGCCCCCUGCCCAGUAUAGUUUGCUGUUAGGAUAGCAGUUCUGCUGCCUGCUCUCUGUGUGCUGAGACUGAACACAGCUGUAAUUAUGCCCCAUUGCCUUUUCUUCGCUAUUAUUUCCAGUUUACUUCAGAACUCGGGUAUGCGAAAUGGUGUCAGUUAUGGUAGCAUUAUGUAACACGACUCUGAAGAAAUACCAAAAACAUGGGAUGGAAAGAUCAAUACCAACAUCCUGCUAUGAGUCCUGCUGUUGCUAUAGUAACUGUUGGUGUUUCUGUUAAGGGACAGCUUGCUACUAACCUUUGCUUGUCCUUACCGCUAUCUGGAUCGAAAUACGUCCAAAUGUGAUUUGUUGUGCGUACACAGCUGCUUAUAUGGGAAGACACAUUGAGAGCAUAACUGACUGGUGUAGGCCAAAGUGUCCAGAAAAGAUGAAAGUUGAAUUCCAUUCUUGGCUUAUUAAAGAACUUAUUUGGAAGAAUUCAUAGAAGCGUGAUAAUUCAAUUAAGCCACGUGUAUUAUUGUUUGUAUUAUUUGCGUUAUAGUGAUGCCUGUCUGCUCUAUAAGGAAUGCUUCUGCGGGAAAGUCUGACUGUGUUAAGAUUUUAAACUUUGCUAUUUCAAAUUGUCUCAAUCUGCAACUGGGCAUGAGCUAUUCACCUGUAUAUUAUAAGAAAAAUUACAUUUCCAAAUCAGUCAUGCUUCAGCUCUCUGAAUUUCUAAAUCAUUGAUUGGAAUAUAGCUUUACAAGUGGAGCUUUCAAUCUUCAGACAAAACCACUUCUUUUUUUUCCCCGCACAAAAAAUUCUACAGUAUAUCAUUAGUAGGCAGCAGAAUAUUUUAAAACUUUGUUCACAUUAGCAAUAAAUGUCUAAUGAAAUUGUAUUGUCUCUUAAUGUAUAUGAUUUACAGUGUGAAGGUGAACAGGAAAUUAUGUAACCGUAUGUAGUGCUUGGUUUUACAUGAAAUAAAAUAUGGGACAGAUUUUGGGCUAA